UCCUCCACAAUACACCCCCUCUUAUGAGAUGCAGCAAGGCUGGCGGGUUGAAUGCGAGCACCAGCCUGUACCUUCCUCCAUCGCUCCCUGUGUCUCGCUCUCCCCCUCCAGCUGCUGCAGCGUUUCCCCGGCCGGCACCCAGGACCAGCGAGAGACAUGCACUGCGUAGCGCUGGGCGCACUCCUCUCCAGGAUGGGGAUGCUGUUCCUCUACCAAGGGUUGCUGGUUCGGGGUGCCGAUUUUAAUCAGGCAGCUGAAAAUUACACAGUUUGCCAAGGGGACAAUACAACACUAAGCUGCUUCAUCAACCAGGAGGUGACGCGCGUGGCAUGGCUGAACCGUUCCAACAUCCUGUAUGCCGGCAAUGACAAGUGGUCCAUCGACCCGCGGGUGCAGCUGGUGACCUACAUCCCCUCCAAGUUCAGCAUCAUGAUCACCCAUGUCAACGUGUAUGAUGAGGGACUCUACACCUGCUCCUUCCAGACACAGGACAAGCCCCACACCUCGCAGGUGUACCUCAUCGUGCACGUCCCAGCUCGAAUUGUUAACAUUUCAUCUGCCGUGACCGUGAACGAGGGAAGCAACGUGAAUCUGCUCUGCCUAGCCAUGGGGAAGCCAGAGCCCACGGUGACUUGGCGGCAACUAAAAGAUGGAUUCACCAGUGAAGGGGAGUACUUGGAAAUCACAGAGAUCAACCGGCAGCAGGCUGGGGAGUAUGAGUGCAUCACAUCAAAUGACGUCUUGACACCCGACAGCAAGCGUGUCCUUAUCACUGUCAACUACCCUCCGACCAUCACGGACGUAAAGGACUCGCAUCCCCCCAUAGGAAAGACAGCCCUCUUGCGCUGCGAAGCCAUGGCUGUGCCGCCUGCUGAAUUUCAGUGGUUCAAAGACGACAAACAACUAAUCGGUGGCUUGGAUGGACUGCAGAUCCAGAAUGAGCGAACUCGCUCCAUACUGGUCUUCCCCAACGUUACUGCUCGACAUUAUGGGAACUACACCUGCCUGGCUUCUAACAUCUUGGGCUCGUUCAAUGUCAGCUUACGGCUUAUCAGACCAGGUUCCCUGGAAAACGUGGCAGUGGCCAGUGUCGGAUCGCCCCUCUUCUUGGGCCUGCUGUCAUCCGCCUUUGUGACUGUAUUGUUCAAGAUUUAGGGCAGCUCGGCAACGCAGCAGAACAAGGGAAAGAAACAGGUGAAAGGAAAAGAAUACAAGAAAGAUGGAGAAAGAGAGAGAGAGAAAGAGAGAAAAUGAGAAGUGUCUCUACUUUCUGGAAAAGAUGAAGAGAGAGAGAGAAAUGAAAUUUAUCAAGAACCCCAUCACUGUGAGGGAUAGAAGAAAACAAAACAAAACAAAAAAAAAUAUGCAUUUGUUUCUACAGCCAUUUAUCUUCACGCUCCAUCUCAGACACUUCCUGACAAACUUCUUAUUUAACACAACUGAACAGACACAGGGCUCUAAAGGGUUAACUGCAACCAUCACCUUCCCCCGCCCCCCCACCUCUGCGACUUAAUAGAACGGCAUCCAUUCUCCUCCUUGGGCUGGCUGGACCUUUCGUCUUUCAAUGCACGGAUCCACAAAGGGUUUCUAUUAUUAUUAUUAUUAU